GUAUUAGUUCCGUUGAUAUGGUGAAGGAACUCUAAAAAGGAGAAGAACUUUGGAUUUGGCAAUGAGUAGCUCAGAUUUGUGGGUUGUGGUGGAGCAUGUAUGCAGAAUUCUUGGCAUCUCUACUGCUGCAGUGUCGUGUGCUGUAGGGGUAGAAACACUGCAUCAGACAGACUUCUACAGCCUGGCUGUCUACCUCCUGGUCUCUUCAGCUGGAAUGAUGCUUUUUGAAAUGACAUAUUUCAUUGAUGCUUUUUUGGUGACGUGGAUUCCGUGUUCUGUUACAUCUAAAUUUUUUGUCAUUUGGAAAAAGAUGGCUAAUGUUGGAGGUUUCCAAAAAUUCCUCUACUACACCGUUUUGUCUGUGAUGUGUUUUUUGCAUCCGAUUUUAGUCUGGCAUGCUGUCAUACCAGGAACUAUGCUGCUGCUGACAGGACUGCUGAACUUUAUUCUGAGUAAAAGAAAAAAGACAAGUCCUCCCGAAGAAUCCAGAGAAACUUAUGGAGACUCAACUGUGUGUGUCGCUGAGUCCAAGGAACCUGAGCAAACCUUUUCCUUCUUCCAAAUCAUCUCAAGCAAGAGAGCCUCUCACCUACCCAACAACAGCAGACUGAACAACUCUUCCGACUGCUCUCAGGCCAUGCUCGCAGAAGUACACUCCACACAGAACAUUUACAAUCCACCAAGCAAAGCUAAGCGAAAAAACAUGCAUUUCAUAAAUAGUUAUAAAGAAAAUGACAAUGAGAUGGAGGAGUUUGACAUGGAUCCAGAGGAAUCCACCUCAGAUAAAGCACCCAUGAUAAGAAUGGGAGUGUAGGCUGUGGGAAAGGGCAGGGUGUUCUGUAAACGUUAAAGGAUUCUAAUUCAAUGAGUCAUGCACUUACAAAAAGUACUUCAUGUACUUCACUUCAAUAUUGUGCAGAUAUUUUCCCAUGCCUUUUUAAGGUGUCAGGUGUCAGUGGAGGCUCUGGAGAUUAAACGGAAGUGCCAGGUAUAGUGAAAAUAGUAUUUAAUUAUACAGAAUAAUCAGCUGUCCUUCAAUAUAUGGCAUCUUUCAUAUAAACAAGAAAAACCUGUGGUAUGAAAUCAAUAUCUUACACCUUAAUUUUUCUUUCAAUUUCUCUUUCAAUCAACAAAAGCAAUCAUUUAUCUUACUCUUUUCUAAAAAUUUAUCUUAAUGUUUCUUAGAAUAUUUUGUAAUAAUAGUGCCAAAAUCCUUUGGAUUCUGAGCUCAGGAUACUGUCAGUGUGGAGUUUCCUUGAAUGUUCUCUCAAUGUCCGUUUCCCAUUUCCUCCCACUGUCUGAAAACAAGCUUGUAGGUGGCUAUUCUGAAUUGCCAUUCAUAACAUAGAAGGGGUAUUCCCCUUUCACACCCAGUGUUUCUGAAAUAAGCUCCAGAUCCACUGCAACCUUGAAGAGGAACAGUUACAUGAAUGAAUGAAUGAAUGAAUGAAUGAAUGGGGAAAUAAAUGACUGAAUACUGUACAGUGUUACUGUAAGUUCAAAAUAUAAUUUAUUACGUUUGUUAUUUUUUUCAUAAAGUAAUUCUAGAGGGUGUUGUAUAUGGUCAAUACAUGCAGCAUAUUUUUAGAUAAGCUAGAGCUACUCAGCUAUUUUCUUUUCAAUGAAAAGAUUAUAAACAUCUAAUGUCUAAUCUCUCUCAUUUACAUGAUCCAUGUUAGAUAAUGUUAGUAACUGUUUGUUCUUUGAGAGCUUAACCAUUGGACAGAUGAAUAUAAACAUAAGACUUGGAGAGAUGAACCACUGUGAUGCCAG